CGAGAAAAAAAAGUAGGACGACACAGUAAACGCAAGCUGUAGUCUGGGUGCGGGAAAGCAAACGACUACACAACCGGUAUAGUGACUUGACUGACUGUGAAGUUGCCUACUUGUGAGAAUGAAGUAAGUUGACGCACUGUUUUCUUAUGCCGCAUUUUUUUGUCAGUUUAAGGCAUUAAUUAUUAAGAAUAAUAUAGCAUAUCCAUAUGUAAUUUACAUUUUUUCUUUGUUCACUGAUUUGCUGUCGAUGUUCAGAACAAGUGCAUGCCUUGGUAGGCUGGGUAUUACACAUUAUACACAAACCAAAUCUCAAAUUUGUUUUACGAACUAUCAAAUAGCAUAUCGGUACAGACUGGGUUUUUUACUCUAUAUUCUCAAAAAAAAUGUAUAUACCGCUUUAAGACUUCUUACAAUGGGAGGGACAUUUUUUAAACUUGGUUUUCACAUUCCUACAGGAGCAUCCUUGUGUUAUGAUGUAGCCCAACUCUAUCGGGUGUUAGAAAGGGUAUCCUAUGGUGUUACUUGUUUAUGCUUACAGGUAUUACCACCUAAACCAUAGAAUCAGAUGUAAUUGUUCAAUGAGAUAUAAUUGUUCAAUUCAAAUAUGGGGAAAAUAGAUUAAGCUUUUGAUAGUGGAAGUGAUCCAAUUAAUUGAGUUUUGAUGAUAGAAAAAGUGGCUUCUAAUAAUUAUGGGACAAUCAUCCGACAGUGUGGUUUCUAAAUGUGUUUGUUCUCCUUUCAAAACCAUCAAAAUGUUGGGAUUCAUCUGACCCUGUAGGAAGUUACCAUGGCUAGCUCAUUGUUUGCCUUGGGGGUUUAUUUUACUCCCAAUUAAAGCAACACUCUUCAUGCACUUGCAGGAUGUCAAUCCUGCCAGAGAUUUUCCACACACUUUUGUCUAGUUUUAGGAUAUAGGGCAUCGCAUGGUUAGGUAAUCCAACUAUAUAACUAUGUCAUGGUUGAACUGAGGAAGAGUGAUUGGAGGAAUGGAAUGCACCCCUAUCACUCUUUUGUGGCUCCCUCCCGUGACACAACCAUUUUUAAAGAUUGUAUUUUCCCAAACUUUUAGGUAAGGCUUUGUUUGUCUUGUACGUAGUUGUGAGACAGUUGUUGUGAAGUAAUUGUGAAUAGUUGUGAAAGAGGGAGAAUCAUCAGCUCAUGUUGUCUAUUUGUUCAAUAUGUCUACGCAUAUUGGUUCCAUGGUUAUAACAAGGUCAUGUCUUAGUAAAAACUUGAUUCACAUUGUUUACACAGUGUUUGGUUGAUAUGAUCAUUUUGUUCUAGAGAUCCACAACAGAUCUGCGUUCAAGAUCAUCUUUAAAUGAUUUUCAUGAAGUUUGCCUUUUGGGAGAGUGAACUCUCCGGUUCAUGAGGAAGUUCUCAAAAUGUACUGCCCUCGCAUCUGCCAAAGGGAGCAUCACGCUUCUUUUCUUCAUCUUAAGACUUGAUUGUCUUCUUAUGCAAAUAGGUUUACAUUCAGCUGGACAGUGGAGAGGCCUUGCUCCUAAGAUGUGGCAUGGGAUCUGUGUUAGGGCUUUUGAGAGAAAUGAAAACAGGCAAGAAGGCCUUUUGUUUUGGCCCAAUGAAUCAGUAUUCCUUUGAGCGGACUCUAAAGGCUUUUCAGCAAGCGCUUGGCCUCUCUCUCUGCAUGGCUGGAGCACAGCGAGAGAGAGGGAGAGGGAGCCUGCUGAGAGCCUGUUCUGUUCACACAAAAGCCCGGAGAAGCCCUCCACAUUUAGGGCCGGGAGACGAACGGGAUUUGCUCGGCCGGCUGACGUGUGAAAGAACGGACUCAUUUAAUGGAGGCCUUUCUCUUGAAACUGAACUCUCAAAGAAGACUGUAAUUUCCCAGCCCAGUAAUGGAGGGAGGGGGAGGAGAGAGACAGGGAGAGAUGUAUGGGUUAUUGACACAUUUAAUGUAUUCAAAGGGGGAUGCCUGUGUCCCACAUAUUAAGGGGAUACACUGCCGUGCUUGUUGAUUGAGCGCUCAUCAAGUAAUGGCAGAAGGCUUGAAGGCAUUAGUUGAUUCAGUGAGACAAAGGUUAACCAGACAAAAUAUUAUGAUCGGAUAAGAGCAAUGUAAGAAUCCAUUAGCCUACUUUCAUCAUGCAAAACUGUCAACAGGAAAGUAUCUGUAUGUGGUGUAUAGCUGUAGUAGCGUGGUUUUCCAUGUAAUCAUGGAAACAAAGAUACAGAUAUUAGUAGGCUAUGUUCAUAGGCUAAAAUGAUCCACCAACUAAGAUGAAGUUAGUUAACUGCAUAGUAUCUUCUAAGUAAAGUUGUCUAUAAACUGACUGAGAACAGAACAAAGUAUGUUAUAAUAAGUACAGUGUACCGCAUUGAGGUGCAGUAACUCAGAACAACACAUACAGUGCCUUCAGAAAUUAUUCACACCCUUGACUUUUUCCACAUUUUUGUUGUGUUACAGCCUGAAUUUAGAAUAUAGUAAAUUGAGAUUUUGUGUCACUGGCCUACACACAAUACCCCAUAAUGUAAAUGUAACGUCAAAGUGGAAUUACACUGAACAAAAAUAUAAACAUGCAACAAUUUCAAAGAUUUUACUGAGUUACAGUUCAUAUAAGGAAGUCAGUCAAUUGAAAUAAAUUCAUUAGGCCCCGAUCUAUGGAUUUCACAUGACUGGGAAUACAGAUAUGCAUCUGUAGGUCACAGAUCCCUUGAAAAAAAAGGUAGGGGUGUGGACCAGAAAACCAGUCAGUAUCUUGUGUGACCACCAUUUGCCUCAUGCAGCGUGACACAUCUCCUUCGAAUAGUUGAUCAGGCUGUUGAUUGUGGCCUGUGGAAUGUUGUCCCACUCCUCUUCAAUGGCUAUGCGAAGUUGCUGGAUAUUGGCGGGAAAUGGAACACGCUGUCGUACACGUCGAUCCAGAGCAUCCCAAACAUGCUCAAUGGGUGACAUGUCUGGUGAAUAUGCAGGCCUUGGAAAAACUGGGACAUUUUCAGCUUCCAGGAUUUGUGUACAGAUCCUUGCAACAUGGGGCUGUGCAUUAUCAUGCUGAAACAUGAGGUGAUGGUGGCGGAUGAACGGCACGAGAAUGGGCCUCAGGAUUUCGUCACAGUAUCUCUGUGCAUUCAAAUUGCCAUCGAUAAAAUGCAAUUGUGUUCAUUGUCUGUGGCUUAUGCCUGCCCAUACCAUAACAUCACCGUCACCAUGGGGCACUCUGUUCACAACGUCGUUGACAUCAGCAAACCGCUCGCCCACACGAACGCCAUAGACUCUGUCUGCCAUCUGCCAGGUACAGACGAUCCCUCAGGUGAAGAAGCCAGAUGUUGAGGUCCUGGGCUGGCUUGGUUACACGUGGUCUGCGGUUGUGAUGCCGGUUGGACGUACUGCCAAUUUUUCUAAAAUGAUGUUGGAGGCGGCUUAUGGUAAAUAAAUUAAUAUUAAAUUAUUAUAAUUAAAUUAUCUGGCAACAGCUCUGGUGGACAUUCCUGCAGUCAGCAUGCCAAUUGCACGCUCCUUCAACACUUGAAACAUCUGUGGCAUUGUGUUGUGUGACAAAACUGCACAUUUUAGAGUGGCCUUUUAUUGUCCUCAGCACAAGGUGUACCUGUGUAAUGAUCAUGCUGUUUAAUCAGCUUCUUGAUAUGCAACACCUGUCAGGUGAAUAGAUUAUCUUGGCAAAGGCGAAAUGCUCACUAACAGGGACGUAAACAAAUUAGUGCAAAACAUUUGAGAGAAAUACGCUUUUUGUGCGUAUGGAACAUUUCGGGGAUCUUUUAUUUCAGCUCAUGAAACAUGGGAUCAACACUUUCCAUGUUGCAUUUAUAUUUUUGUUUAUUGUAUAUAAAAAAAAAUAACAAUAAUUAAAAUUGAAAAGCUGAAAUGUUUUGAGUCAAUUAGUAUUUCAUCCCUUUAUGGCAAGCCUAAAUAAAUUCAGGAGUAUACAUUUGCUUAACAAGUCACAUAAGUUGCAUGGACUCACUCUGUGUACAAUAAUAGUGUUUAACAUGAGUUUAAGAUGGUGCCGACAGAGAUGGCGGCCUCGCGACUAGCUCUUAGGAAACUUUGCGGUAUUAUUUUUUACUUUAUUUGCUCAGGAAAUAUUUUGUGUCAUUACAUACAGCCGGGAAUAACUAUUGGAUAUCAGAGCGGCGGUAACUCAUCAGAACUACCAGCAUUACGACCAGGAAUACGACUUCUCCGAAGCAGAUCCUUUGUUCGCUCUCCCCAGAGCAAUUUAACUGAUUCCAGAGGCCGACCCAAAACAUCGCCGGCGGAGGAGAGGUACUCCAGGCGGCCUGCUGUUUCUACUUAGGAGGCGCGUACACCACCCACCGCUUCCAAGUAUAUUACUCACUAAUGUUCAGUCUUUGGAUAACAAAGUUGAUGAGUUCAGGGCAAGGAUUUCUUUCCAGAAAGACAUCAGGGCCUGCAACAUACUUUGUUUCACGGAAACAUGGCUCUCUCAGGAUACUCUGUCGGUAUCGGUCCAGCCAGAAGGAUUCUCAGUUCAUCGCGCAGAUAGGAAUAAAUAUCUCUCCGGGAAGCAGAAGGGCGGAGGUGUGUGUUUCAUGAUUAACAACUUAUGGUGUAAUUGUAGUAGCAUAGAGGAACUCAAGUCCUUUUGUUCACCCGACCUAGAAUACCUCACAAUCAAAUGCCGACCGUAUUAUCUCCCAAGAUAAUUUUCCUCCGUUAUAGCCACGGCCGUUUAUAUCCCCCUUCAAGCCGAUACCACGACGGCCCUCAAAGAACUUCACUGGACUUUAUGCAAACAGGAAACCACAUAUCCUGAGGAUGCAUUUAUUGUAGCUGGGGAUUUUAACAAAGCAAAUUUGAGGACUAGGCUGCCGAAGAUCUAUCAACAUAUCGGCUGUAGUACUCACGCUGCUAAAACUCUGGACCACUGUUAUUCAAACUUCCACAAUGCUUACAAGGCCCUUCCCCGCCCUCCUUUCGGCAAAUCUGACCACGACUCCAUUUUGCUUCUCCCUUCCUAUAGGCAGAAAUUCAAACAGGAAGUACCCGUGCUAAGGACUAUUCAACGCUGGUCUGACCAAUCGGAAUCCACGCUUCAAGAUUGUUUUGAUCACACGGACUGGGAUUUGUUCCGGGUAGCUUGCGAAAAUAAUUUUGACGAAUACACCGAUACCGUAACUAAGGUAUAUAAGGAAGUGUAUAGGAGAUGUCGUACCCACUGUGACUAUUAAAACACCAGUCUCAACGUCAACAGUGAAGAGGCGACUCCGGGAUGCUGACCUUCUAGGCAGAGUUGCAAAGAAAAAGCCAUAUCUCAGACUGGCCAAUAAAAAUAAAAGAUUAAGAUGGGCAGUCUGAGAUAUGGCUUUUUCAUUGCAACUCUGCCUAGAAGGUCAGCAUCCCGGAGUCGCCUCUUCACUGUUGACGUUGAGACUGGUGUUUUGCGGGUACUAUUACUGAAGCUGCCAGUUGAGGACCUGUGAAGCGCCUGUUUCUCAAACUAGACACUAAUGUAUUUGUCCUCUUGCUCAGUUGUGCACUGGGGCCUCCCACUCCUCUUUCUAUUCUGGUUAGAGUCAGUUUGCGCUGUUCUGUGAAGGGAGUAGUACACAGCGUUGUACGAGAUCUUCAGUUUCUUGGCAAUUUCUCGCAUGGAAUAGCCUUCAUUUCUCAGAACAAGAAUAGACUGACGAAUUUCAGAAGAAAGUUAUUUGUUUCUGGCCAUUUUGAGCCUGUAAUCGAACCCACAAUUGCUGAUGCUCCAGAUACUCAACUAGUCUCAAUAAGGCCAGUUUUAUUGCUUUUUUAAUGAGCACAAAAUUUUUCAGCUGUGCUAAUAUAAUUGCAAAAGGGUUUUCUAAUGAUCAAUUAGCCUUUUAAAAUGAUAAACUUGGAUUAGCAAACACAACGUGCAAUUGGAACACAGGACUGAUGGUUGCUGAUAUUGGGCCUCUGUACACCUAUGUAGAUAUUCCAUAAAAAAUCAGCCGUUUCCAGCUACAAUAGCCAUUUACAACAUUAACAAUGUUAACACUGUAUUUCUGAUCAAUUUGAUGUUAUUUUAAUGGACAAACAAAUUGCUUUUCUUUCGAAAACAAGGACAUUUCUAAGUGACAUCAAAAUUUUGAACGGUAGUGUAUAUAUUCUUAAUUCAUUCCUUACUUAGAUUUGUGUGUAUUGGGUAUAUGUUGUGAAAUUGUUAGAUAUUACUUGUUAGAUGUUACUGCACUGUCGGAGCUAGAAGCACAAGCAUUUUGCUACACCCGCAAUAACAUCUGCUAAACACGUGUAUGUGACCAAUACAAUUUUAUUUUAUUUUAUUUGAAUGACUACCUCAUCUCUGUACCCCACACGUAAGGUCCCUCAGUCGAUCAGUGAAUUUUAAACACAGAUUCAUCCACAAAGACCAGGUAGGUGUUCCAAUGGCUUGCAAAGAAGGGCACCUAUUGGUAGAUAGGUUAAAAAAUUGACAUUGAUUAUCCCUUUGAGCAUGGUGAAGUUAGUUAUUACACUUCGGAUGGCGUCGCAAGACACCCAGUCACUACAAAGAUAGACAAAGAUUCCUAACUCAGUUGUCGGAGAGGAAGGAAACCGCUCAGGGAUUUCACCAUGAGGCCAAUGGUGACUUUAAAACAGUUAAAGAAUUUAAUGGCUGUAAUAGGAGAAAACUGAGGAUGGAUCAACAACAUUGUAGUUACUUCACAAUACUAACCUAAAUGACAGUGAAGAGAAGGAAGCCUGUAAAGAAUAACAAAUAUUCCAAAACAUGCAUCCUGUUUGCAAUAAGGCACUAAAGUAAAACUGCAAAAGAAAUUUGCAAAGAAAUUAACUUUAUGUCCUGAAUACAAAGCGUUAUGUUUGGGGCAAAUCCAACACAACACAUCACUGAGUACCACUUCAUAUUUUCAAGCAUGGUGGUGGCUGCAUCAUGUUAUGGGUAUGAUUGUCAUCUGCAAGGACUAGGGAGUUUUUUUUAGGAUAAAAAUUAACGGAAUAGAGCUAAGCACAGGCAAAAUCCUAGAGGAAAACUUGGUUCAGUCUGCUUUCCAACAGACACUGGGAGACACAUUCACCUUUCAGCAGGACAAUAAUCUAUACACUGGAGUUGCUUACCAAGACGACAAUGAAUGUUCGAGUGCCCUAGCUACAGUUUUGACUUAAAUCGGCUUGAAAAUCUAUGGCAAGACUUAAAAAUGGCUGUCUAGCAAUGAUCAACAACCAACUUGACAGAACUUGAAGAAUUUUAAAAAUAAUAAUGUGCAAAUAUUGUACAGUCCAGGUGUGCAAAGCUCUUAGAGACUUACCCAGGAGACUCACAGCUGUAAUCGCUGCCAAAGGUGAUUCUAACAUGUAUAGACUCAGAGGUGUGAAUCCUUAAAUGAGAUAGUUCUGUUUUCAAUACAUUUGCAAACAUUUCUAAAAACAUGUUUUCACUUUGUCAUUAUGGGGUAUUGCGUGUAGAUGGGUAUAUAUAUAAUAUAUAUAUAUAUAAUAAUAUAAAUAUAUAUAUUUAAUCAAUUUUGAAUUCAGGCUGUAACACAACAAAAUGUGGAGUAAGUCUGAAUACUUUCUGAAGGCACUGUAGCUGACUAAACUCCACUCCAUGGUGAAGGAAGUUUCUGAUGAACUCCAGCAACGGAGUGGAGCAGAGACCAGGCUUUUUGGAAUUCAGGUCCGACUAAAUUGAUUCACCCAAGGUCAAUACUUUAAAAAAUAUUAAUUAUUAAACGCUGACCUUGUACCUAUGUUUGACCUCUGUAGUUUAUGUGUCUUUCUUUGUUUGGUGUCAAUAAACGUUAAUCAAAUACAACCACCGACUGUUUACUUGUUGAGAUUCAAUUGGCACAUGCGCAUUUGCGCUGAGUUGCCAUCUUAGAGCAACAGCAAUGAGAAAACUGUUGGUGGUUGUAUUUGAUGGGCAAACAUAGGUACACAGUUAGCAUUUCAUAAUUUACAUUUUUUAAAGUAUUGAUCUUGGGCGAAUCGAUGUAGCUGGACCUGAAUUCCACAAAGCCUGGCCAAUGCACUUUUUCAGAAGUUUAGUGAGCUAAGUAACACAAGGUAUGCAGCCUAUCAUGACUUGCUGGUGUUUUGGAACAAUAGAAAGGACUGCAGACAACUUUCCGGAAAGGUGUGGAAUGUGUCACUGGGCAUUGCUCUUGAUUUCAUGAUCUGAUGCUGGGAAGGAACCCAGAAACAGAAGUGUUGUCCUUGGAAGGAAGGACAGUCUAGUUAGUAGGACAGGAAUACCUGGUUGGACCUGCUUGGGUUGAGUUUCUGCCCGACUACAUUGCAGACGCCUGCCAGAUCUCAAAAUGAUUGGAUAGGUGUUUAACGAUCAGCUAACCAAAUCAUAGGAUAUAUGCCGCGUUCAUGUACUCGUCAGAACUAGGAAACUUGGAAAUGUCAGACUUGCUAACUGGUUGUAGUUAUACACGUGCAGCGUUCAACCAGUUAGCAAGUUUCCUAGUUCUGACUAGCACGUGAACGCGGCAUUAGUAGUCUGAUGCCCAACUGAACAGUCGAUGAGGUGGCACGCAACCAUUGGUUGAGGCAAUGCAACGCCUGCGCAUCUAGUCGGGCAGGAACUCAACCAUGAUCACUCACAAGUUACUAACCAUCCCAACCAUCCAAUCACAAGCUACAGCCUAGGUGUCUCUGUCUAUUAGAAAAAAAGUUCAUACUCUGGCUUGAAGAGAUUAAUUAAUGUUGCUGUAACAUUAUGUAAUCAUAGUAGGAUCAACGCCAACGGCUACAUUGCAGAUGUGUGACAGAUUUAAGAUGUAACUUAAGCACAUCCAAUAUUGUACAAUGUAAGCCAGUACAUUAUGACGAUGGCUCACAAAAAUGCUGUUAAAAUGGGGUGGCCAUGUAAAAUAAACGGAGUGGCUGUGCAUCCGAGUUCUCUUCCCAACAGCUAAAGGUCCGAAGCCUCUGCGCAAAUAAAACUCCCAAAAGCAUAAACAUAUAUAGGACAUAGAUGGAACCAUAAUGUGUUUUGAUAAUCUCUUUCAGCCCAGUGGCUAAUAUACUUUCCAAUAGUAUGUUGAUAAUGAUAUUACAUUUUCUCUCCACAGAAUGCGAGGUGUGCUCUCAAUGACACUUGUGCUGCUUGUGGUCUUGAUGGUCACAGCAGAAGCAGCACACAAACAUGGUGACAAAAAAAGUGAGAAAUGUGAUCAAACUACAUUGUGUACAAAACGUCAGAUUAAAAAAGAUAAAUAUCCCUUUGAAGGAGCUCAUGUUUUUGUUAUGUUGUGUUUCAGCAAAUGUCAGGCAAAACCAAUACAAUGAUUUCUUUCUUUUAUUUUUGGUGCCACAGGUCAGAAAGCCAAAGAGGGGGGCAAAGCAGAGUGUGCUGAGAAGCACUUUGGCAAAUGUGUGCCCAACGCUGGUGACUGUGGAGAUGGGUUCCGUGAGGCCACUUGCGGCGAGCACACCACCAAACACAAGUGCAAUAUCCCUUGCAACUGGAAGAAGGCCUUUGGUGGUAAGAGGGCAAAUGUUGGAAAUGGAUGUGGUCCUGACACACACAUACAGUACAUACAUAUAUUCACAUACAGUAUAUGUGAAUAUACUACAUGUAUCUGCAUUCUGUACCAUCAUCAUUAAGUAACUAGGGCCUAUAGUUUUUCGUGGUCACUGGUCAGGUCUCAUCGUGGUCAGGAAAAACUCUGGUCCCUAAUCAUAACGGAAUUAGAUUAACUGAUACUUUUUGAUUUUUAUGGAUAUUUUUCUGAUAAAAUAGAUGCUAUGUAUUUCUAGCUGACUGCAAGUACAGGUUCACCAACUGGGGCGAGUGUGACACGACCACCGGCACCAAGAGCCGGUCAGGAACCCUGAAGAAAGACAUGUUCAAGUUAGACUGCAAGGCCACCAUCGAGGUGACCAAGCCCUGCUCCUCCAAGCCCAAGGGGAAGGGAGGAAAAGGUGGGUCGGAUUUAAUUUAAUAGACCACCAUAGGACAAACCCAGUGGGCAAAACUGGUUGAAACUCUGUUUGUUAAGGGGAUGUUGAAUACAGAUGGCAUACUUCUUAGCAGGUAUGUAUUUGUCACUAAACUGGAAAAGCAGGUUCUCCAAAACAACAUGAAAACACAAACCCAAUACUGCAGAAAAUAAAGCACUUCAUAUGCUGAAAGGAAUUUCAUAGCCACCAUAUCACAAUGCAAUUCGCCCUUUGACUGAAAUAGCCCAAUUGAAUCCAAACCCCUGUCUUUUUCUUCUUCUUUUUUUCUAGGGAAGAGGACAGAGUGACAACUAAAGAGGGAAGCUUGAGGAUUGACUGAGACACAGCAGGUGUGACUUCUGGCUUACUUCAGCAGCACAAUUGUCUCCCUCCUUCGCCAAACACUCAGCCAGUGUCUCUGACUACGUCCCAAAUGGCACCAUAUUCCUUAUAUAGUGCACUACUUUUAACCAGAGGGCCCUGGUCAAAAGUAUUGCACUAUAUAAGGAAU